AAGCGCUGGAGAGAGCUCAGCGCCCGUUCUGUCACGAGCUCCGUCGGGGAACGGCGACCGAGCGAAAAGUCUCGCACAUUAUUCACGACUAAAUACAGCCCAAAGCUACCUUUUCUCCAGACACAGGUCUGUCAGAUUAGUUCGUCAUCAAGCAGGAUUCACCGUUGUCCCAUCGCUGUUAUUUGGGUGAUGUAUUCUAACAUUUGAUAGAGCUAGCCAGCUCGCUAGCUGUUUGGCUAGCUUGCCGUGCGUGAUCUAAAGUCAGACAGGUAACGUUAUCCGUUGUUAUUUUAACACCGUCCUUCGACAUAUAGGAGCGUAAUCGUAAACUAAAAGCAACACGUUGGCUUGUUUUUUAGUUAACGUAGUCGGUGCCGCGACGCAAGCGUACGCCUUGUAUCGUUUUCCCAUUGACGGGAGUUCACGGGAUUGAAUGAAUUAACGUUAGCAAACGGAAACCACAGUCUUUCUCAUCCGCUGCAUUCACCUCUUUUCUCCAUAAACACUCGCUGCUGCUUUAUUAGUGUGCUUACGAGCGCUUGCAGUUUAAUUCAGGAAUAAAUCAGAGUCUGUGUGAGUUAACUUAACGUAGCUUGCUCGCUAGCUCUGAGCAUCUGAAGCCAAACCGCCGCCUGUUAAACCCGCACCUCUGACCAUCUGAAAGACAUUUGUUUCGCGUGGAAGAAAAACACGAGCAAACAUGCCGGCUGUGUCGAAGGGAGACGGGAUGCGAGGAUUAGCUGUGUUCAUCUCGGACAUCAGAAACUGUAAGAGUAAGGAGGCAGAGAUCAAGCGCAUAAAUAAAGAGUUGGCUAACAUCCGGUCAAAAUUUAAAGGAGACAAGGCAUUGGAUGGAUACAGCAAGAAGAAGUAUGUGUGCAAGCUGCUCUUCAUCUUCCUUUUGGGCCACGACAUUGACUUCGGCCACAUGGAGGCUGUCAACCUGCUCAGCUCCAACAAGUACACCGAGAAACAGAUUGGAUAUCUGUUCAUCUCCGUGCUGGUGAACAGUAACAGUGAACUGAUCAGGCUGAUCAACAACGCCAUCAAGAAUGACCUGUCCAGCCGAAACCCCACCUUCAUGUGUCUCGCUCUUCACUGCAUCGCCAACGUGGGCAGCCGAGAGAUGGCCGAGGCCUUCGCCGGAGAGAUUCCUCGCAUCCUUGUGGCUGGGUGA